UUCUUCUAUAGGUUGGUUUUUCUCUUCUUGCCUUUGAACAGUCUUUUGCAUCCUUCUCAAAUUUUUGGUCAGGUAUUGUUCGCUGCAUAGUAUCUAUGAUAUGUAUGUUGACUGGUUCUGUUUUAUCUUUCAUAUCAAGUGGCUUAGGGGGAAGCUUUAGUUUCUCAAUUCGAUCUUUUUUGAGCUUUAGUUCUUCAUGCAGUUGGCAUCCCUCUUCUCUUUCCAUUUCUCAAAAUCAUCGUAACAAUUUGAUGAGCUCAUAUUUUUGUAAACCAAAUGGUUUGUAAUUAUUCUGUGACAUGGAUAUGAGCUUGUUUCUUCUUUGAAUCCUUAUUAACUUGCUAAAUUCUUUGCUUGGACAAAAAAUAAAAGAAAAAAAAGGAGAUAUCCUAAGCUUUGACCUUAGAAACACUGAGUUAGUAGUACUGAUUUCUACAGCAUUAAUGCUGAUUCUUGAUUCAGGAUAUUUUUUUUUUCUUAAAAAGGGAGAACCAAUCUAAUGGAUACAUCGGUUGCGAGGUGGUUUCAUGAUAUGGGAAUGGAGGAUCCUAGCUUCUUCCAUCAGUGGGAUGUGGACUCCUUGGAUCAGUUCAGUGCACAACAAAUUGCGGUGGCUCUUGGGCAGGACUUCCAACGAUCCCUCUCCUCUGAGAGCUACGCCUCAUACCCUUCUUUCCAACCACCGGCAAGCACCAUAUCCAACACUUCUAGCUGCUCGUACAUGGACACCAAGUGUGUCCAAAGGCCCAAAAAAGUCCUCAAGGCCAAUAGCUGGAAUUCUUGCACCACCGAGCAGAACUCAUCUCUAGCCCCUGGUGCCUCGUCUCCGAGCAUCCUUUCCUUCGGCAACCCGGGCUUGCCAAGGCACCAAUCUGACUUAUAUGAGAGUUUUGUUGGGGCUGUGAAGACAAAGGAAGAGAUGGAGAUCUUGGUUCCUCCUGGCUCAAAGAGGAGCUAUGGAACUAUGGUUGAACAGGGACCUAAGAGGAUGAACAUGGGGGCUAGGCCAGCUUCUCAUAACCAAGACCACAUCAUUGCAGAGAGGAAGCGAAGGGAGAAGAUGGGCCAGAGAUUUAUUGCACUGUCAGCACUCCUUCCCGGUCUCAAGAAGAUGGAUAAGGCUUCUGUUCUUGGGGAUGCAAUCGAGUAUGUGAAACAACUCCAAGAGAAGGUGAAAACUCUCGAAGAGCAAAAUACGAAAAGGACCGUGGAGUCAGCAGUUCUAGUCAAGAAGCCUCAGCUUUCUUCCGAGGACGAUGGCUCCUCCUGGGAUGAGAAUUGUGAGGGGCUCCCAUCUGGUGAAUCCCUCCCAGAGAUCGAGGCCAAGAUGUCCGAAAACAGCGUCCUCGUCAAGAUCUACUGCGAGAAACGCAGUGGAGUAUUGCUGAAGGCACUCUCUGAGAUCGAGAAGCUCCACCUCAAUGUCAUCAACGCAAGCGUCAUCCCCUUUGCCAGUUCCCAUCUUGAUAUAACUGUUGUGGCUCAGAUUGAUGCAGAUUUCUCCAUGACAGUGAAGGAUGUAGUGAAGAAGCUAAACUCAGCUUUCAGGCAGUUCAUGUGAAGAUGCCAAGACAGCCUUGUAUAAAAGAAGGUGGUGAUGGUGGUCUUUCUUUUUUUCAUUAGACUUGAGAGAAAACUAGGGCUAAUGGUUGGCUAGCUAGUGUCAGUUCCUAGUCUUUUUAGACUUCCUUCUACUUCUGAAAACAAGGCAUUCGAUCCCCUCACACUUUAAAGAUCACCAUUUUCACUUGUUUUUGCUGCAUGGGUUUUUUUUCUUCUCCUUCCUUUUUUAAGCUCUCUCCCCCCUUUUUGCAUGGUUGAAGCACUUGGCCAUGUUGUUCUAGGAGAGAAGAUGACUCGCUGUUUCGCUUUUCUUUCUUUCUUUCUUUUUUAUUGCGGUGGGGGGAGAGGGGAGGGUUGGUUUUGUGGGAGAGUUCUGACUUUUCAAAACCCUUUUCCUUCCUUCCCUUUCUAUUAUGCGCUCUUUUCUGAGAGGUUUGACUUUUUCAGCCCUACCUGUUGCCUUUCUUUUCAUCUACCUCCGUUCCCAAAAGCUUGUCUGAAAAGAAAAAUGGUGGUCUUUUUUUGUUUUAUGAGCAGAAAUAAGCCUUGUUUCAGUAGCUUGGGGUCCUUUUUUUGAGGGUCUUAUGAAUAAUUCCUACCUGUGUCCCUUUCUCCUUCUGCUCUCUCUUGUGAAAUGUCCUUUUAAAUUUGUGAAAAGCUCUUUAAAGUACCAACCAUGUUGUUGUACUGGAGCAAAUGUACAAAUAAAAAUACCAAAUUGCUUCGGUGGUUGA